CGCAAACGCCACAGUAGGGUGACACCAUGAUGGUCCGAGGCAGUAUUUAACCAACUUCAAUGUCUUACUCCUUGUCGUUUGUGUUUUCAUGAGAUUAUGUACAGCAGACAAGAGUGAGAACGAGACGGAGAGAUAUGGUCGUUACGAAUGGGGAAUCCCCACCGCCCUUCCCCGCACAGCAGUCAGUACAUGCAUACAUACACACACACACACACACUUUCUCUCUCUCUCAUACACACACUUGCUUACACACCCCGACCACCAGUAUGCCCGUCUUACUGACGCCUUGCGCCCCCGCGUCAUUGAAGAUGCUCCUUUCGAUUCCAGAAGCCGACCGGCUGUCCUAUAGCCGAUAUCGUCAUCCCUCACGGCCAAGCACGUCGAUGCUGCCUCGCGCAUAUCCAACCCUGCGACCUUCCGCCCUGAGUUAGUCAAUUGCCCGCAUAUCUCCUAGUACCUGCAUUCCUGGAUAUCAAAUACACGCAACCCGCAGUAUCCGACGUCACUGCCAAUGGCUGCUUUUCGCCGAAUCUUUUCCCUCAACGGUAUCGUUGACGUU